AUGGCAGAUAGUACUCCAAAUCAUUUCUUCAAGUUCAUCUCCCCUGGCUCCAAGUUUAACCUGUCAAUUCCAAGUUGUUUUUGGACAAAAUUAAGCGGAGAGGGACGCGAUAAACCGAUAUUGAGACGUGGGUGUCGCGAAUGGCCAGUGGACAUUAGCGACACAGGGGUUUUUGGUGACGGUUGGAGGAAGUUUGUGGAAGACAAUGGAGUGCAAGAGUUUGACUUUGUUGUGUUCAAACAUCAAGGAAACUUGGUGUUUGACUUUAUUGUGUUUGACCAAUCUUUAUGUGAAAGACAAUAUCCUGAAAUGAAUGUAGACGACCAUAUUACAGAAUCUGACUCGAUCCACACAUUUGAGAGGUCGAAGAAGCGGUAUUCAUCCGAAAACAUUGACAAGUUUCAACUUGAUGAUCAUUGUUCUUUCGUGUCCAAAAUGACGCCUACUAACAUCAGAUCGUCAAGAGUCCACGUUCCUAUGGAAUUCGCUAGGUCAAAUGGAUUAAUUACCGAAAGCACGCAUACAGAAAUUGUUGUAAUGGAUGAAGCCCAAAGGACUUGGCCAGCAACACUCAAACUCACUAAAGCUCAAAGUUCGUUAAUGGGUUGGCGAGAACUCAGAAUACAAAACCACAUACAAGUUGGGGACUCGUGUAUGUUUAAGCUUGUAAAACAUGCAGAAGCAGCCGUUUUCCAUAUCUAUAAUCUAGGGAAGAAGCCUGUUGAAAACCAUAUUCAAGUAAAGAAUGAGGGUACUAGUACUUCAAAUCUUAAAAAUCAUCGAUACUUCACUUCUACUCUGAAGCCUAAAGAUGACCGCCCUGAUUACAUUGGUCAAGUGAAGUCCUACAAGAAAGACAACUUUCCAUGUAACGAUGAUACUUGUUUUGUGACCACAAUGACACCUUAUUAUAUCAGAUCAUCAAGAUUGGCUGUUCCGAUAAGAUUCUCAAGAUCCAACGGAUUAAUUGUCAAAAGAAAGCAGAAUCAAACAGCUCAUACAAAAAUAGUUCUUAUGGACGAGGAACAGCGGACUUGGCCAGCAACAUUAAAAGUCGGUACAAUUCCAAUUCGCUUAACAGUUCCUUUAACAGAUUGGCGCAAACUCAUAAAGAAAAAUCACAUCCAAUCUGGUGACAGUUAUCUAGGAAAGAAGCCCGUUCAGGUUAAGGAGACCAGUUCAACACAUAUAUAUACAGAUCUAGAAAAGAAGCCUAUUCAAGUGAAGGAGACUAGUUCGACUCGUAACCAUCAUCCUUACUUUAUUUCUACUUUGAAGCCUUGUACCUUCAAUAAGUUGUGUCUGUAUCUUCCAGUUGAUUUUUCGAUACCAAAUGGUUUGAAAACCGGGAAAGCCAUUCUUACAGACAAUAAAAGAAGAUCAUGGGAU